AUGGCGACCACGAAUGCCCCCCAGAACAAGCUUCUGGGCAAAGUGGUGGCCGAGUCGCAAGACUCCAGCCGGCAUCCGUCGCCUCAACCGACACAUUUCAGCGUACCUAUCCUAUCUCAGACCAAUGGCAAUGGUCACAGAGUCCUCCGUUCUGCCACUGUCGGAUACGUGGCGCCCGAAUUUGUGGGAAAGGUUGAGCAGAUGCAGCAGGUCAGAGAGCUCAUCAAAGAAGCCGGCUGGAUUCCCGAGAGUCUGAUCAACGAGCAAGUGACCUGGUUUUACGAGAAGCUCGGCAUCGAUGAUGUCUACUUCAAGAUAGAGAAGCCAUCCGUCAUUGCUGGCCAGAUCACCUCCCUCUAUGCUGCCAAGGUUGCCGCUCUCGCCAGGGAGGACAAGCGCGAAGAGAUCAGGUUAGACAUGGAGUCCCAUGACCACGCCAUCUACAUCGACACCAGCGAGCCCGGCAGGACAGUUACCAGCGGACCCUGUUACGAGAGCAGGCUGGAGGCAAAGUACCUCGAUCACUCCGGCAAUACCAAGUACCGCGUCGAAACCUUCCGCUCGCCCGGCGUCCUGGGACCAUCCCACGAUCUUAAGGCGACCCUGCGAUGCUACUUCGUCUACCAAUGCGUCUUCAAGCAGCCGCCAGAACAGACUGACCCCAAGGAGACACGUCUCGAGGUCAUUUCCGAUUACGGUUUCCUCAGCAAGGCCACCACCAACACCAAACUAAUCUACCAGGAGAUCAUCGACCUUGCCGUGAAUCGGACCGGUCCGGUUAUCGAGGUUUUCGACAUUGAAGACACCGAGGAGAAGCGUCUCGUCGUCGCCUUCCGGUCGAGGACUGCCCGCGGCAUGUUCUCGGCGCUCAGCGACCUGUAUCACUACUACGGUGUCACCAGUUCCCGCAAGUAUGUCGAGCAGUUCGCCAACGGCAUCACCGUUAUGAGCAUCUAUCUUCGCCCCGCCCCGAAUCCCCUGAAAGAAUAUCCGUCGUUGGAUCAGUCUAUCCACCAGAUCACCAAGGAGAUCUCUCUCCUCUAUUGUCUCCCUCACAACAAGCUCCACGGUCUCUUCGUCAGUGGCGAGCUGAGUCUCCAGGAGACCAUCUAUGGUCACUGUGCCUGGGUCUUCAUCCAGCAUUUCCUUAACCGACUGGGCACGGAAUAUGUUGCGCUCUCGGAAAUCGUCGACCCCAGGAGCAAUGCCCACGCGGCCCUGCUGUCCAAGCUGAAGCGUCGUCUCAGGACCGAGACUUUUACGCCCGAUUACAUCCUCGAGAUCAUCCAGUCGUACCCGGGUCUCGUUAGGGCUUUGUACGCUUCGUUCGCCAGCGUCCAUUUGGCCGUCGGCCCCGACUUUGAUCGUCACUUUAUUGCACCGACUCCUGCUCUGGAGGUGAUGUCGGACGAGAAACUCAAGGAGAAGAUUACCCGCGACGUGUCCAACGAGCACGAGGAGAUGGUCAUGACUGCAUUUAGGGUAUUCAACAAUGCCAUUCUCAAGACCAACUACUUCACCCCUACGAAGAUUGCUCUGAGUUUCCGUCUGGACCCGAGUUUCCUCCCCGAGAUCGAGUACCCGACGCCCCUCUACGGCAUGUUCCUAGUCAUCGGUGCCGAGUUCCGCGGCUUCCACCUCCGCUUCAAGGACGUCGCUCGAGGCGGCAUCCGCAUCGUCAAGUCUCGCAGCAAGGAGGCCUACAGAAUCAACGCGCGCAAUCUCUUCGACGAGAACUACAACCUGGCCAGCACCCAACAGCGCAAGAACAAGGACAUCCCCGAGGGCGGAUCCAAGGGCGUGAUUCUGCUCGACCCCAAGAUGCAGGACCGUGGCCAAGAGGCGUUCGAGAAGUACAUUGACAGCAUCCUGGAUCUGCUGUUGCGCGGCCAGACCCCGGGAAUCAAGAACCCGAUUGUCGAUUUAUACGGCAAGGAGGAGAUCCUCUUCAUGGGACCCGACGAGAACACGGCCGACCUGGUCGAUUGGGCCACCGCGCAUGCUAGGCGACGCGGUGCUUCCUGGUGGAAGUCCUUCUUCACGGGCAAGUCUCCCAAGCUGGGUGGUAUUCCCCACGACACGUACGGCAUGACCACCCUGUCGGUGCGAGAGUACGUCAAGGGCGUCUAUCGCAAGGUCGGUCUGGACCCUGCGACCGUGAGGAAGAUGCAAACGGGUGGCCCCGACGGCGACCUCGGCAGCAAUGAGAUUCUCCGGAGCAACGAGAAGUACACGUCCGUUGUCGAUGGGUCGGGCGUCCUGGUCGACCCCAACGGUAUCGACAAGGACGAACUGUACCGCCUCGCCAGAGAGCGGGUCAUGAUCAGCCACUUCGACAUGUCCAAGCUGUCCAAGGACGGGUACCGCGUGCUCUGUGAGGACUCCAACAUUAACUUGCGGAACGGCGAGUUCGUCUCCAGCGGCACCACGUUCCGAAACACCUACCACCUGCGCGACACUGGGUUGACAGACUGCUUCGUUCCCUGCGGUGGCCGUCCCGAGUCGAUCGACCUGAUGAACGUUUCAAAGCUCAUCAAGAACGGCAAGGCCACCAUCCCAUAUAUCAUCGAAGGCGCCAACCUGUUCCUCACGCAGGAUGCGAAGCUCCGCCUAGAAGCGGCCGGCUGCAUCGUUUACAAGGACGCUAGCGUCAACAAGGGCGGGGUGACUUCGUCUUCCCUCGAGGUCCUCGCCUCCCUCUCCUUCGACGACGAGGGUUUCACCCAGAACAUGUGCGUCGGCCCCGACGGCGAGGCGCCCCAGUUCUACAAGGACUACGUCAAGGAGGUGCAGGCCAAGAUCCAGGAGAACGCCCGGCUCGAAUUCGAGGCCAUCUGGCGCGAGCACGAACUGACCGGCAUGCCGCGGAGCAUCCUGUCCGACAAGCUGUCCGUGGCCAUCACGACGCUUGACGAGCAGCUACAGCACUCCGACAUGUGGAGGGAGGAGCGUACCCGCCGCUCCGUCCUCCAGGAUGCGCUGCCCAGGCUGUUGCUGGACAAGAUCGGCCUGGAUACCAUCAUGGAGCGUGUUCCCGACGCGUACCUGCGGGCCAUUUUCGGCAGCUACCUCGCCUCGAGGUUCGUGUAUGAGUUUGGCAUCAACCCGGGCCAAUUCGCAUUUUAUGAUUUGUAG